AUGGAGGUCCGGCCGCUCGAGGUCGAUGGAGGUCCGGCGGCUCGAGGUCGGUGGAGGUUUGGCGGCCGGAGCUCGAGGUCCGGCCCGCGCGUUGCCGCUCCGCAGCCUCCUCGCCCGCCGUGCAGGCGCAGCAGCAGCCGCCCUCCUCCCCCGGUGUCUCCUCCUACGGUGCCUCCUCCUCCCCGCUCGCGCACGCGGGGCCUCCGCGGCGCGUUCCUCCCCUCCUCUGUUCCCUCCGCCCGCGAGCCCCGCCGCCCCAGGAGCUCGCCGGCCCUGGAGAGCCCCGCCGCCCCAGAAGCUCGCGGUCGCGACCACCGGCCCUGGAGCAGGGGCCCUGCCCCCGGCGGCGGGCCUCGCGUCGGUGGAUGUGGCCCACGCGGCGGCGGCGCAGCGGUGGAGCAGAGCAUGGGAAGGCGAGCAAGCGCAGCGGCGGCGUCGACAGCGGCCCGCGUGGCUGGGGCAGGCUUGGGUGCGGCAGGCUCCGGCCUCCCUCGCCGGCCGGUGCUGCCCUGCGCCCGGAGCUCUCUCCUCCCCCGGCCGACCUCCUUCUCCCUCCCCUGCGCGCGCGGCGGCCGCGGCCUCUGCUUCGUCCGCACGCGCCGGCAAGAGCACGACGGUCCAUGGCGCCGGCGGCGGCCCUCCUCCCUCCCUUCCCCCACCGUGUCGACCCUCCUCCUUCCAGCUCCGGCGCUCGCUCCCGCCUCCGUGCUCCGCCUCCGGCACUCGCUGCUCGCAGCACGGAUUUGCCUCCGAGGUUUGAAUUACCAAUGA